CGCGCCGGCCAGGGUCACGGGGCAGCAGCGUGGGCACACAGCCGAGCCGGCGCAGCAGCCGAGACCGCGAGUCCGGCCCGCCCAACUCCUUCUACGCCGACAACGGUGCGGGUGGUGCGCAGCUGCAGGCUCCCCUCGGUGCAGACUCGACUCUCGCUGCCCCGCUGCGCACCGACGACCCUGGCUUCGAUGAGCUCAUUGCCAAGCAGGCCGAGCAGAUUCGCCGCGAGCGCCAGAGCAAGCAGCUCAGGGAAAAGCAGGCCAGGGAGCGCAACGAGGGGCUCGAGGCUGAAGACCGCGUCGGCAACGGAGGCGUGCAGCUGGGCGGCGUGGCGCUGAGCAGGGCAAAGAGCAAGGGCAAGGAAAAGGACGAAGAGCCCCGCGCGGCGCUCAUCGGCAACGUCAUUGGCGAGGGGCACAGCAACUACGUGCUCAUGUACAACAUGCUGACCGGCAUUCGCAUCGGCGUCAGCCGUUGUCAGGCCAAGAUCAGGCGACCGCUCACGGACCUCGACUACACGGCCAAGCACAAGUUCACCUUUGACAUUGUCGGAAACGAGCUGACGCCAUCGGCAAAGUACGACUUCAAGUUCAAGGACUAUGCCCCCUGGGUCUUUCGCGAGCUGCGAGAGUACUUCCACCUCGACCCGGCCGACUACCUCCUGUCUUUGACUGCAAAAUACAUUCUCUCGGAGUUGGGCUCGCCGGGCAAGAGCGGCUCCUUCUUCUACUUUUCGCGCGACUACCGCUUCAUCAUCAAGACGAUCCGCCACGGCGAGCACAAGUUCCUGCGCAGCAUCCUCAAGGACUACCACGAGCACGUCAAGGCCAAUCCCCACACGCUCCUCUCCCGCUUCUACGGCCUGCACCGAGUCAAGCUGCCCCGGGGCAAAAAGAUCCAUUUCGUCAUUAUGAACAAUCUCUUCCCACCGCACCGCGACAUCCACGAGACGUACGACCUCAAGGGUUCCGCCGUUGGACGAGAAUACCCCGAGGAGAAGGCGGCGCAGAAGAAGGGCGCUGUGCUCAAGGAUCUCAACUGGAUCAAGCGGGGGCGUGAGCUGGAGCUGGGUCCGGAGAAGCGGGCCAUGUUCGAAGCGCAGAUCCGGAGCGACGUCGAGCUGCUCCAGAAGCUCAACAUCAUGGACUACAGCCUGCUCAUUGGCCUCCACGACAUGAAGCGCGGCAACAAGGAGAAUCUCCGCCAAGAUGCUCUGCAGGUUGUCCAGCCCGAGACAAACGCCGGUGCCUUGAAGCGGGAGCCGACGACGGGCAAGCGAGGCACCGAGAAGGAUGCCUUUGCGCUGCGUGCUGCCGUCCGUCGCUCGGACCCAAAGGCGCUCGGCUCCACUGCCACUGCUCGCCUGCCCGAACGCGAGACGUCGGACCGGCACCACUUUGUCUUUUACCAAGACGAAGGCGGCUUCCGUUCCACCAACGAAAACAACGAGGCCACCGACUGGGUCUACUACUUUGGCAUCAUCGACACCCUCACUCUCUACAACGGCGUCAAGCGUGGCGAGCACUAUUGGAAGAGCCUCACCAACAACUCGACAAUGAUCUCGGCCAUCCACCCGGUGCCCUACGGCAAGCGCUUCUGCAACUUUUUGUUCUCCGUCAUCCGUGGUGCCGACAAGAGUCAGCGCCCCAGGAUGGAGUAGAACCUUCUCUCAAUCUUUCCCUCCCCCUUCAUUACCAAUACCUUUUCCUACAGCAUUACAUUCUCCUAUCGUUCCAGUUAUCAUUUUUACCACUUGCUCGCAACACACUCCUUUUGGCCCACAUCUCCACGUCUGUGCACUCACCGCGGUCACUCUCUUCUCCACCACCACCACCAUCUCCUUCAUUCACACCACAUCAAGGAUCCUCUGUUUCCUUGCUUCGCUUCGUUGAUUGAGACAAUGUAAUUGCACAUGAUAGAGAAUUUUAAGUGCUCCAUAC